GACUCAGUAUAAAUGUGGCUCUGACGAGGGAGGUAAGCCCAAUAAAUAGAUCUGUAGGCAUAAUCAUCGUUUUUCCUGACGAAAACGUUUCAUUUCAGGCCCACCUGGAUGCCUACAAUAUUUUACUGGAACAUCGGGAACCGUGGCCAGCUUUAAUUUUCCAACAGGCUCAGCAACGGUCCCUCCUACAGCUACUCAUUUGUCCAACCAAUGCUAUUCCAUGUGCUUCCGGCAGGAAGCAAACCAUUGUGCCAUUUGCUUCGUGCCAGCAGUUCUUGGAAGCCCAACAAUUCAAGGAUCAUUUGGACUCAGCAACCCAAACGCUGAGACUACAAUUGCCGUCGCUCAAGGCAAAUGUUCCACAGACUAUCUACGGUUGCCCUCUUCCCAAGGGAAAGGUGGAUCCAAAGAUCAAGUGUUUGAGGUGGGGAAGUUCGACGCAUCUUUGAAAUUGUACAGCAAAAUGUGUGGACGAUUCUGGGCGGCCAAUUCCGUGGAAAAAAAGGAUGGAGCCUUGGUGUGUUCUCAAAUGAGGCCUUUCCGUUUGGACUUCAAGACGGAUGCCAAUGAGGUUGUUCAAAUGGAAAAAACUCAAACCACCAAGGAUAACGAAUUGGUUGGACUUCCGGGAGGAACCGUGGGCUUCAACUUAAAAUGGAGUCAAGUUCCAUGUUAGACAGAGCACUUCACUUUUGUUAGUUUUUCCAAUUUGACGCAUGCAUUUG